AUGGAUGCAAAGAUUUUAAUUGUUGAAGAUGAACGCGAUAUCGCGGAUCUAUUACGAUAUAAUCUACAAGAAGCCGGUUUUGAAACAGAUUACGUCCGGAACGGCGCAGAUGCACUGCAUCGGGCUGUAGAAAAAACACCGGAUCUUAUCUUACUGGAUUUAAUGCUUCCAGAAGUAGAUGGAAUGAUCGUCUGUCGCUUAUUAAAGAACGACCCGAGGACUAAAAAUAUUCCUAUCGUGAUGGUAACAGCGAAAGCUGAAGAAAAAGAUAGGGUCGCUGGAUUAGAGCUCGGCGCGGAUGAUUAUAUCACAAAGCCCUUUAGUCCAAGGGAAGUAGUACUACGGGUGUCUGCUGUCCUGCGCCGUAUCCAAGUCGGCAAACAGACAGAAAACACCAAACGGAUCGAAACACAUGGGAUCACAAUCGAUCUCGACAAACAUCAGGUGCUAACCGAGAACGGUCCAAUCGACCUGACCGCUACCGAAUUUAAACUCAUUACGCUAUUCGCACGGUCACCCGGACGCGUCUUCACGCGCUAUAUUCUCAUGGACGUGAUAUGGGGACAGGACUAUUACGGCAUCGACCGGACGGUGGAUACGCAUGUUAGCCGCCUUCGACGCAAACUCGGCGAAUUCGGCAAACAUAUUGAAACGGUGCAUGGGGUCGGCUAUCGGUUUAAGGGAAGCAGCUAA